AUGGAUGAUUUUCUCUCCAUUAGUCUGCUGUCUUUGGCAAUGUUGGUGGGAUGUUACGUGGCUGGAAUCAUUCCUUUGGCUGUUAAUUUCUCAGAGGAGCGACUGAAGCUGGUGACUGUUUUGGGUGCUGGUCUUCUCUGUGGAACUGCACUGGCGGUUAUCGUGCCUGAAGGGGUGCAUGCACUUUAUGAAGAGGUUCUGGAGGAUCCAGAAACAGCAAGGCCUAGCAGUUCCAAAAUUACCACCACGCUGGGACUAGUUGUCCACGCUGCAGCGGAUGGUGUAGCUCUGGGAGCAGCAGCUUCUACUUCACAGACUAGCGUUCAGUUAAUUGUGUUUGUGGCGAUAAUGCUACACAAGGCUCCAGCAGCAUUUGGGCUGGUUUCCUUCCUGAUCCAUGCUGGCCUGGAGCGGAAUCGAAUUAGAAAGCACUUGCUGGUAUUUGCAUUGGCAGCACCAGCCAUGUCCAUGCUGACAUACUUAGGAUUAAGUAAGAGCAGCAAAGAAGCCCUUUCAGAGGUCAAUGCCACUGGAGUGGCCAUGCUGUUCUCUGCCGGGACAUUUCUUUAUGUUGCCACCGUUCACGUCCUCCCUGAAGUGGGUGGAAUGGGGCACAGCCACAAAGCUGACUCCACUGGAGGAAAAGGCCUCAGCCGCCUCGAGGUGGCCGCCCUGGUUCUGGGGUGCCUCAUUCCACUCAUCCUGUCAAUAGGACACCAGCAUUAACGUUCAGGUUCCAGCCUCAGUCCACGGCCAUUGCCAUCCAGGAAGAAGAGCAAGCGUGGGACGCUCCUCACUUCCUCAGUGUCUCGUCUCACCUUGCCCAUCUCCACCCGUGUUCCUAGAGUCCGAGGGAGAUGAGAGUCGAUCGUGGAGAAGUGGAACAGCUCGUAGCAGGAACAUUAUAAUCAGACAGAGACUUUGUGUUGUCUUUUAAAGGGACUUUGACAUAUUGAGUUUUGAUGUUUCUCUUAACCCUAUUCUCAGGGAAGAUGGAAUUUAGUUUUAAAGAAAAGUGGAGAACGUCAUACAAUGAAAUAGUAAUUAUGACAAUACAGUGUUCUGUAAUUAAGCUAAAGUUUUUCCCCUUAGUGUAGAGGCUCUACCACUUUCUCCGUUGGUUUUUAAUAUGGGUCUCACCGUCUCUGACUGGUGCUGUAGCGUCUGUGCCACACACCUUGAGAGAAGGCAACACUCACCCUCUUGAUGCUAAAGGUGAUGGCAAUUAAUUUGAGGUUAGAGUAAGGAAAAUAAGGGCAGAAGACACAAGCUGACUUGUACCUGAGAGCGAUGUCCAGCAACAGAUGUCUAGAGUCUUGAGCAUCUCCUUUGCACGUGCCUCUCUAAACAGAGCCUGCCCUGCCAGUAGAGCAGUGAAGGUGGGGCUGGCUUUUGAAGAGGGUCCGGUGUCUUACAGCAUUUUCCUGAAGUAGCCUUUGCAGGGUACCUGUCUGCAGCACAUUCUUCCCGAGGAGCCAGGAUCUGUUCAGGCACAGCUUUCCUUCAACAACAGUGUGAUCACAGUGAAUUAAGGGAUGUUAAAUUUUCCAGGAAUUUGGCUAGUAACUGACAUCUUUGUAGUAGCCUUUUAUAAAGUAACACUAUUACAAAGUAUGUUGUCCUUUUCUGCUAAAUCAGUGCUUCUCAACCUUCCUAAUACUAUGACCCUUUAAUGCAGUUCCCCAUGUUGUGCUGACCCCAACCAUAAAAUUAUUUUCAUUGCUACUUCAUAACUGUAAUUUUGCUACUGCUGUGAAUUGUAAUAUAGAUAUCUGAUAUGCAACCCCUGUGGGGGUCACAAACCCACAGGCUGAGAACUGCUGUCUUUUCUUUUAGCAGCCGGCAGUCCCUCUGGCUGAGUCCUUGUCCGCUGCUGGCCUCCAGCUCCUAUAAUCAUGUCCGUGUCCUCUCUCCCCGUGCUGUGCUCUUUCCUUCCCGCUACCUGUGUGCUGCUCAGCAGGACAACCACUUCUGAACCAUGAUGAUAAAGAACCCUAUUCUUCAUUUCCUUCAAAUGAGUUACCUUGGUGGCAAAUACCACUUUUUCAAGCCCUUAAAAAUGUCACCUCCUCAUGUGUGCGUUGACAUAUCACUAAUACUUUGAUAAUUUAAGCAGUGGAGACAGAGAAAGUAUUCAACAAACGAAGGUGAUUUUUCCAUGUUUGCCAAAAUCUGCCUAAACCCUGUUUUGUCAGAUAAGUGUAUAAUACUGUAUUAAUUUAUAUUUUCUCUAUCAUGUCAAAACACUUUACAUAAAGAGAGAGCCAAGACUAGUUUCUUCAGCGCAGUGGCUCCAGUCAUUUGUAUUUUUAGGACACUGCCAGCAUGCCUGUGGUUUCCCUUUUCUCUCCUAAACUGUCACUGGGGCAGCAGCUGUGGAAUUAAACUCGCAAGCCCUCUGCUGGCCACAGUGAAGAAAGUUAGCAGAAGUGCGGUUUUGUUUGGAGGCUGGUAGCCAUUGCAGCCCACGUGAGGUGACAGAAGGCGUGCAGUGUGGGAGCUGGGUGACUCCUGAUGAGGCACAAAAGGCUAACUUGGGAAAGGUCUGGGCUCAUCAAGACCUUCCAAAGUACAGUUAUCAUGAUUCUUUCUAGAAACUUUACUGUGUCAAGUAAAUAGCCAAUUUCUGUGUCUAGUUUGGUUUGAGUCGAAGUAACCUCUGUCAUCUUACUACAUGCAGUAGUCAGGGAUUGUUGCUCUGGCCAGAGCCUCUUUCACUCAGCAGUGCCUUGCCAUCUUGCUUCUAAGCUUGGCUAGAAUAUCUUGCUGGGUUGGGCCUUGGACUCUAGUAAGGACUGAACCAUCAAACUGCUAAAUUUGCCCCCCACCCCCGCCUCAGUGGUAAUGAGCCUUCCAAAGCUAGGGCCCUUUGCAGGCCCUGAGCUGCUGCCUGGGAACCGCUCAUCCCUUCCCUGGACAGCAGGCUCAAAUAGCCAUAGAACCUUAAUAGGGCUCCAAUGCAUUUUAGGCAGCAGGAACCAUGCCGUAGGGUAAGAGCCUCUGUCUAGGGAGGGAGAGGUUGCUCAUGGGCAGGCAGUGACCUCAGAGAGGUCACCUUGAUGUUCACUUUCCAACAUGUUUCUGUGGUUUUCCUCCUCAAAACUCCCUUCGGAGGUGUGGAUGCCUUAAUGCGAUAACACAUUUGAACACAUUGGUGAUGCUUCGGCUGCUGCCGUGAUUACCAGUGGAGUUAUGGGCUACCAAAGAAGUACUACAUAAAAAGCAUGGGCCAUCCUUCCUCAUAACCAAAGCAGUCUUAAUUACAAUUGGAGCCCCUUUCUCUGGGAGACACGGAUAUACUUCAGAUUCCAGGCAUGCUGCUAAAAGGCAACUAUAAGUUGAAAACACUGAUCCACUCCCCUCACUGGGUCCCUGGUGUCGUCAGUCUCCGUGUCAGCAGAGCAGCGGUGUUCCUGUUUGAUUCUGCUUUUCUGUCUGUGCUGUUGCCAGCGUGUGUCUUACAGGCAGACAGUCUGGCCUGGAAUACCAGCAGUUGGAACAGUACUGAGGCAGUGUGUCUCCCCAUUCCACCCUAGUCUUCAAAUUUCUCAAUUAAAGACAGCCAGGUCGGCCUGCUCUGGGGUUUUUGGAUUAUUAGAGAAAAGAAAAGGUGGAUUAUUAGAGAAAAGAAAAGGUGCCAUUUCUUGUAGAAAGGGGAAAAAGAUUAAAAAAAAUAAACAAAAACAAAAAAACAGUCUGUCCCUGACUGGUUCUCUUUUUCAAGGGUUAGAACUAGGACAGACACACCAGCGACAGAGUGUGUUAAGCCCUGAAACUCAUGGUAGUGAAGUUGUGAUCAUGGGAACUGUAUGCCAACAGCACAAACCAGAGCCCCAGACUGCUGCAGCCCAGGGCCACACCCUCGGCAGCUGCUCUACAAGAGAGGCUUGCAGCAGCAGGUUUCUGCACAGUACAGAUAGGCCUCGCCCCUGAAGACCACUGGUGGAGAUACUGUACAAUGACAACCUUUCUGUGCUCGAGACAUUGCAGCUCAGCUCGGGAGCCCCGCAGGUGUGUGGCUGCAGGGACAGGACUGGACUGGCAGACCACGUAGUGCUGCUUUAGAUGUGCUCAGUCCAGCACAGCUGCUGAACACAGACUGGCUUCGUCCGCUCUUUGUCUGGUGAUGUCUUCCUGUAGGCCGGGAGUCUGAGGGUGUGGUGACAUCACAGUUCUCCUGGUCUGGUGGCCUGAACAGUGAUUUGAGAUGUUCCCUUUUCUGGAUCCUUUGUACACAUAAACUCAUUCCAUGGAUGGCUGCCUUAUAAUUUUGUCUCUUUCCACUUUAAUUGUGAAUGGUUUCAAAAUUGCUGUUUUUUGAUUUGUUUUAUGAUAUUAAAUUUUUAUUAGUGCA